UGGAUUAUUUUGGCGGGAAAAGAAGAUAUGAGUUCUUCUGAGGUAGAACCGGAUUUCCCUGAUCUGGUCUGUCAGAUCGAUAACGUUCAGGGGAUGGUUGAUGCCUUAUCUUCUGUUAGAUGGAAACGUCAUCAGGACGCAGUUCUUGAAUUAUCCGAACAUGGUAUUGUGUUGAUUGUUGAAGAUUCUGGUUGUAUUCAAGCUAAAGUAUAUCUGAAACGUGAGCUAUUCCUAAGUUAUGAUUACAAAGCUGAAGGACGCCCUAGAUUUGGAGUGGGUUUGGGUUUAUUUGUUGAUUGUCUGAACACAUUCUCUUUACCCGGGCAGUUAAAUACAAUCGAAAUUCGGUACCCUGGUUCUGAUAUGCAGCUUCUUUUCAAGUCAAUUGACUCACCUGAUGCUUGUAUCUACGCGGAAUUGAGGACCAGAAUCCCAGAAACCAUUUCAUGGGAUCAUAAUUUUGAGCCAGCAGGAAGUACACCCUUGAGUUUUACUGUUAAGUCUGCAGCUUUAAGGGAGGCUGUCGAUGAUCUUGAGUGGCCUGGUGCAAGUAUCCAAAUAACUCUAGUACCCGACCCACCCUGUGUAACGUUUAGAGGUGAAGGCCAUGGGGACUUGCAGAUAGACUUCAUGUACUACGCAAACACUGAUUUAUUGAUGGCAUUUCAAUGCGAUCGACGUACCUCUUACAGGUAUAAGUACAAGUUUCUUAAGGCAACAACUUCGAACAUUCCUACUAGUGUCAUAAGAGAAAACAGAGGAAGCAAACUAACAAUUGGGAGAGGUGGAAUGUUGAAAGUCCAACACUUGGUUUCAGUGUCAAGAUCAUCCAUUCAACACACACACAUUGACUCUGCUGGUUAUCCACAACCUAGUCGAAUUGCUUAUAUUGAGUUCUUUGUCAACCCAGAAGAAGAUGAUGAAAACCCGAUAAAUGAUUCAUAAUCCAGAUUCUGAAAUAUUAUGUGUCAUGUAAAAUUGUAUUUAAUCAGGAGAUUGUGCAGUGGAUCAGAGAUCAUUGUCAGACCUUCGGUCAGAUGAGCUUACUCUCUUUCUUUUCUUUCUA